AUGGGGUGGGAAGUACCAUCAGUUAGUUUUGUUUGCACAGACCAGAUCAAUGAACUCCUGGGGAAGAUCCUGCAGAGAUCUAUGAGUGGAGUUCUGGCAGUUGGCCCAGCCCUGGAAUUCUCCCUGUCUGGCUCCUCCAGUGUCACUGCUAUGAAGAAGGUGGUUCAGCAGCUCCAGCUGGAGGCCGGGCUCAAGCAAGUGAAGGUUUUCCAGGCUGCAGACUGGAAACAAAUCUGUCUGCAGAAUGCCCAACAUGAUCCCCUGCUGACUGGAGUAUGUUCAAGUACAAAUCCUUUCAGACCCCAGAAAGUCUGUUCCUUUUUGUAGUCAAAUGAAUCUUACUGAGGUUUCCCAAACCACUGGUCAAGAACCAGUGAAUAUUCAAGAGAGCUAAAUUUGAAGCCUGUACAAAAAGCUUCCCUAUAACACAUGUGUCAUAAUAUAAUCUUCUAUUUUGUCAGUCCUUAACAUC